CCCGUCCAUUUUCGCCCAACUCUGAUUAUUAACUCUCUCGCGUCACUUCUCCACUCUCUCUUCCUCAAGCCAUGGAUUCCUGCAGUAAUUCCCUUAUCGAUUCUACUUCUCCUUUCGAUUGCCUCAUCUUCGAUUUGGAUGACACUCUGUACUCUUCCAAGACUGGAAUUGCCGAAGCUCUCAGGAAAAACAUCGAUGAUUUCCUUGUGGAGAAAUGCGGAUUCCCAGAGAGCAAGGCCUCGACUCUCCGAGCUGAGCUUUUCAAAACACACGGCAGCUCCCUAGCUGGUUUGCGGGCAGUAGGCUAUGACAUCGACGCUGAUGAUUACCACAGUUUCGUACACGGGAGACUACCCUAUGAUUUGAUCAAACCGGAUGCUCAUCUACGAAACCUCUUGCGUAGCAUUACUCAAAGAAAAAUCAUAUUCACGAACUCGGACCGGAAUCACGCGGUUAAGGUGUUGGAUAGGCUCGGAUUAAAAGACUGCUUUGAGCAAAUCAUAUGCUUCGAGACCAUGAACCCGAACCUCUCGAGGUCAACCCGGCCCGACGAGUUCCCGGUGCUUCUGAAGCCGUCGAUGGACGCCAUGAAGAUCGCGCUGGAUGCUGCUGACGUUGAUCCUCGGCGAACGUUGUUUCUCGACGACAACGUCCGUAACGUCGCUGCUGGAAAAGCCUUGGGUCUCCGAACCGUUCUGGUUGGAAAGACCGUGAAAAGCAAAGAAGCCGACUACGCAUUGGAGACUGUCCACAGCUUGGCACAAGGAAUUCCGGAACUAUGGGUAAGCGGAAUGGAUGGUGGUGAUCAAAGGAUCAGCCGUACGAAAGGCGAGAUUGAUUCUAUUAUCGCAAUCACGGCCGUUGGUGCUUAACUGGUUCACGAUCGAUCAAGACGUUCAAAGCGUUUGGGUUGGGGCUGUAGAUUGCAAUCGCAGUCAUGUAGAUCUAUCUAAAUGUAUGUGCAUAUUUGUUGAUAUAUAUGAAAACGUGGUUGUCCAUAUAAUGGAGCAUGUUAGGCCAAGUGUAUGGUUGUAAUAAUUUCCUUUUUCCUAGAAUUAUUAAUUAUAUUAACCCGA